AUGGUCCCCGGGUCGGAGGGCCCGGCCCGCGCCGGGGGCCUGGUGGCUGACGUAGUGUUCGUCAUCGAGGGCACGGCCAACCUGGGGCCCUACUUCGAGGGACUCCGCAAACACUACCUGCUCCCGGCCAUCGAGUAUUUUAAUGGUGGUCCUCCUGCCGAGACCGACUUCGGGGGAGACUAUGGGGGGACCCAGUACAGCCUCGUCGUAUUCAACACGGUGGACUGUGCUCCCGAGUCCUACGUACAGUGUCACGCUCCUACCAGUAGCGCCUAUGAGUUUGUCACCUGGCUCGAUGGCAUUAAGUUCAUGGGCGGCGGAGGGGAGAGCUGCAGCCUCAUCGCCGAAGGCCUCAGCACCGCCCUGCAGCUCUUCGAUGACUUCAAGAAGAUGCGGGAGCAGAUGUUCCGGAACUCGAGGAUGGUCCAGUUCCACUUCACCAACAAGGACCUGGAGUCCCUCAAAGGCCUGUACCGCAUCAUGGGCAACGGCUUUGCGGGCUGCGUGCACUUCCCCCACACGGCCCCCUGCGAGGUGCGGGUGCUCAUGCUCCUGUACUCGUCCAAGAAGAAGAUCUUCAUGGGCCUCAUCCCCUACGACCAGAGCGGCUUCGUCAACGGCAUUCGCCAGGUCAUCACCAACCACAAGCAGGUCCAGCAGCAGAAGCUGGAGCAGCAGCGAGGGAUGGGGGGACAGCAGGCACCCCCAGGACUGGGUCCCAUGCUAGAGGACCAAGCGAGGCCCACCCAGAAUCUGCUUCAGCUCCGCCCACCACAGUCCCAGCCGCAGAGUGCCGCUCCCCCAGGAGCCCCCCAGGGUCCUCCUGGAGCAGCCCCUGGCCCGCCCCCACCCGGCCAGAUCCUUCGGCCCCAGAACCCUGGAGCCAAUCCCCAGCUUCGAAGCCUUCUCCUGAACCCGGCACCGCCCCAGAGCGGGGUGCCCCCACCUCAGGCCUCCCUGCAUCAUCUCCAACCUCCAGGGGCCCCUGCUUUGCUGCCCCCACCACACCAGGGCCUGGGACAGCCCCAGCUGGGGCCACCCCUCCUGCACCCGCCACCCGCCCAGUCCUGGCCCACUCAGCUGCCCCCACGGGCUCCCCUGCCAGGUCAGAUGCUGCUGAGUGGGGGUCCCCGGGGCCCGGUCCCCCAGCCGGGCCUGCAGCCCAGCGUCAUGGAGGACGACAUCCUCAUGGACCUCAUCUGA